AAUAGAAGAUUCAAAAGUCGUCAUUGGUGUCAAAGUCAUAAUCAAACUUCAAACCAGUAACCUGAGAAACCUUUAGGUUUAGAAUUUAAAAUUGAAUUUCAGAAUAUUGUCUCGCUUUUUUUGGAAGAGACCGUACGCGUAAUUUCAAGCGAUCUGAUUCACAGAGAUACCCUUUAAAUUUAUUUCUGAUGUGGAAGAUUUUGUCUUGUAUCUAGGUUUAAACGUGUUUAAUUCUGAUAAUACUUAUUUGUUUUCCUGCUGUAAGAAAUGAGAAAGUCACUGUUGUUGAGAAACUACCAUUUAGAAAUAUAUCAGUUUAUUAUAAACAUUUAUAUCUAAUUCAUACUUGAUCAGCUAUUUAGGCUACAGUUGUGAAUCGCGCAUUGUCAUCUUUGCAUGGAGGAUCACAUGAAAUUACGCUUACAGUCCCUUUAAGGGAGAAAAUCUCAACUGAUUUAAUGAAACCUUGUGUUUUACAAUGAAUAACGUCCUUAAAGAUUUUGAAAUUUUUUAAGACCUUUUAAUGACCUUGAUAUUACAUAGUUGAGAGAGUAGAUUUCUAAUUUGCCAACAAAAUUAUUAAAGUAAAGUUUAACAGUUAACUGUACUUUUUUGCAUCUUUGCGCUUUAAAAACGGGGGGGGGGGGGACUCAUAAUUAAUCCUAAGAAUUAAUGCAAACAUAAUUUUGUAUUCGGGAUGAUCUGGUACAAACCACUGUUUUUCACAGAAUAUCUAAAAAUUAUAUCAAUCAAGAUUUUUGUUUAUAGAAACCACUUUAAAGUUUUGGUCUCUGCAGUAUGUAAAUGGUUCGAACGCGAUUACAGGAAUAAACUACAUUAUUGUUAUAUUUGAAGAAAAGAAUACGAUUGCGAUGCGUUCUCAUCAAAAUAAAUAGAUAUAAUAAUUCCUGUUUUCGAAAUUCAGAUAAACUUAUAUAUGUCUCUUUAAACAUCAUUUCUCGUAAAAUCAUUUCUAUUAUCUGUCAUAUGUUGAAGUUUUCAGGGCUCUGAAUCUCUGUCCUCCUAUUGGCUGGAUCCGAGAGUCCUUUUCCCUGAUUGGUCAGACUCCCUGACGUCACGUGCACCGGUAUAUAUGGAAACUGUCGAUUUCAACGCUCAGUAGAACAGUGGCUGUACAGGAGAUAAAGACGUGAAACUCACGAUCUCUCAUGCAAUCCUUCUGAUGAUAAUGUUUUGUGAAUAAUAUGGUUGGCGUUUAGAAAACCUUCAAAGAAAAAGAAUAAAAGUUCAGGAUGAACCGAUCAGUUUUUAUUCUUGUCAUCCUUCAAUCACUUUUUACAGCAGGUUUGUCCAGCUGUGGAUUCCCUGGUGCCCCUGCCCACAGUACAGUACAAUUUACCGAGCCAGGAGCUUCCCAGACCGUCUCGACCGGGGCUAUAGCAGAGUACACGUGUGACCGGGGUUUCGAACUCCUUGGCCCGGCACGCCGGGUGUGCGGGGAGAAUGGUACAUGGUCACCUCAAGGAAUACCAUUCUGUGUUCUAAAUGUUGCCGCUGGUAAGGCUCCUAUGCAGUCUAGUGUGGCAGAGGGAGGGAUUCCACAGAAAGCAGUAGAUGGCAGCACCAGUACUUUCUUCGACCUUAGCACAUGCAGUCUUACUGAGGUUGAAAAGUCCCCCUGGUGGUACGUGAACUUGUUAGAGCCCUACAUGGUCCAGCUGGUCAGGAUAGAUUUCGGACAGAGCUGUUGCGCUAAAGGAAGAAAAGCUACCAUUGUUGUGAGGGUUGGUAACAAUAGACCAGACCUUGGUGUUAAUCCAAUUUGUAACAGGUUUACCGGGUUUAUUGAAGAAGGUCGACCCCUGUUUCUCCCCUGCAACCCCCCAAUGCCAGGGGCGUUUGUAAGUGUACAUUUCGAGGGGCCCCCAGGGGUCUCACUUUCUAUUUGUGAAGCUUUUGUGUACACUGAUCAAGCACUACCGAUUGAAAGAUGUCCGACAUUCAGGGAUCAGAAGCCUGGCAGUACAGCUACGUACAACGGGAAAUGUUAUAUAUUCUACGGACAACAACCAAAACAAUUUAACGAAGCUAAAGAGUUCUGUACUGAGCGUGGAGGAUCUCUGGUAGAUGAAUCCAAUCCCGCUCUCCAGGGUUUCCUCUCCUGGGAGUUAUGGAGAAGACAUAGAGGGGAUCCUAAUGGUCAGUACUGGUUGGGAGCAGAGAGGGAUCAGCUGGAUUCUAAAAACUGGAAAUGGAUCUCUGGAAAAUCUGUGACGGUUUCGUUCUGGAAUUUACCCGGAGGAAACGAGAAUUGUGCCAGGUUUGAUGGAACUAAAGGCUGGUUAUGGUCUGAUACUAAAUGUGAUCAGAACCUGAACUAUAUCUGCCAACACAGUGAGUAUAAUUCUUAUUCGUUUAAUAAAAAUUUUGAUGUUGGAUCCCGGAUUGAGUAUGUUUGUGACGAGGGUCACCUGCUCGUUGGACCGGCUCGGCGUAGCUGCCUAGCAACAGGAUUCUACUCAGAGUUUCCACCAGUUUGUAGAUACUUGGAAUGCGGAAUGCCUGCUGACAUUGUCAACGGAAAUCUAAGAUUUGUAAAUGGAACGCGGCAGUUUAAAAGUAUUAUCGAGUAUUCAUGUAAUCCGGGAUAUCUCCUCGUGGGCCGGAAUCAGCUGAUGUGUGACGUAGAUCAAAGAUGGAAUGGACCCCCACCCAGAUGUGAGCCUGUGUAUUGUGAGGAACCUAAACCUAUCAGAUAUGGCGGAUUUUCUCUCUCAACAAACUCCACGCGGUUUGGAACCGUGGUUUCUUUCUACUGUACUAGUCCUAGGUUUGAACUGGUUGGGCCGAUGAAGAUUACUUGUUUGAAGGACGGGAGCUACAACUCUGAUCCUCCGUCCUGUGAACCUAUCCAGGAGAAACUAGUCCCUGCUCCUCCUGUGCAACCUAGACCUUCUCCACCUGCACUAGACAAUUCAGAUCAAAACUCCCGUCCUAACUUUCCUCGUCGUGUUUAUCCUAAAAUAAAAUUGGAAGAAGACACUACAAAACCGAUCAGAAAAUACAAAAAGAAGGUUGAUCCAGCACGUGAUGAAUUUGCCCCGGCACGUGAUAAGUUUGUCCCGAAACGUGAUGAGUUUGCCCCGGCACGUCAACCUGAAGAUAACGAGAUCCCCGACUCUUCUAACGUGCAAACAAGUGCUGCUGGAGCAAAUUUACCGAAUCCUAAAGAGGAAAAUAUAGGAAACAAAGCUUUAAAUCUAGGAGGGAUAAUUGCCCUUGGUGUUUUUGGUGGUUUUGUGUUCUUAGCAGCAAUCAUCACUACAAUAGUUAUUUUAAUUCGAAGAUCCCCAGGGGUGCAUGACCUGCAGCUUCUGACCGGCGCAGCAGCCGCCGGUCCCUCCAAACCACACAAUAAGUACUACAAGAAGGCGUGGCCAAGGUCCAGGUCCCAGGUAGAACAGCAUGUGCAUAAUCACCCUCCUAUCUGUAGGAAAGAGACGCCUGAUCAGUCAACAUUCCGGUCAACCAGUCUGGAGAGCGAGGUGGAUCGCGAGCAUAGCGAGAUGGUGGUUAACAGCCACGCGCACAAGCAUGAGCGUAAGCACCACCAUCGGCACCAUCACCAUCACAAGCAUAGGAGUCACAACGAAUCUGACCGGCAUGGUAGGUCCAGGUAUUGAUUGACCUCUAUGUACGCCUGACUCACGACGCAUGAAUCCAACCAAGAAGUGCGUCAACUUAUGCAGUGCCAUGUUCAGGUCCUAUUUUGAUUUGAAUACGCAAACGUGAAAAAUAUGAAAAUGCUUCAGUGCCCAAGGGAAGGCACUAAAAGUGCCUCGAAGUGCCAAAAAUGACGUUAACUAAAAUUAUUACAGUUCAAUUCUCAUUCCUUAAAUACUCAACAGAAAAAGACUGUUAGACUUUUAAGAAAUAAUUGAUGUGAAAUAGUUAAUAAUUUGAAGAAAAAACACGUGAUCAAGGUAUACUACUUGUAUGUUUAUUGUUUAUCUAUUAUACAAAUUGUAUAAUUCUUGUGUUUUACUUUAAUCUUAAACUUUUCCACCGAACUUUAAAAACUUGUUUAAGAUAAAAUUUAGUGUUUGUAAAAUGUGAAGAAAAAAACUUUCCUUUGCUUUAUUUUUUAUGUCUUCCUUUCCCAGUUAUGUAAAUAAAGUUAUGAUAUUUUUUUAUAAAAUAUAUUAAUAUGCAGGACAAAAAAGGAAAAAUAUAAUUUUAGAGCAGUUUCACACAUUAAAACAUUACAAAAGUACAAUGCUCUACAAAGACGACUUUUACUAAAUUGUCCUACGGUUUAAAAGCCCUACAGUAGUGCAGCUUCAAAAAUAACAGUAAUUUACAAAAUUAUGUUAUAAUUAGAAAUAGUUUUUAUAACAUGCAGUUACUCAAUCAUUUCAGAUAAAAAACAUGUACAGAUGUUUUAGUCUUAUAAUAAUUAAUUUUUUAUCAUCAAUUUAAUGUUUUAAACAUUACUUUAAUCUAUUUAAAAUUAUUUUAAUUUAUUUAAAAUUAAUUUAAUUUGUUAAUUGCUACACGAUUCGCCUUUAUGAAACCACAUUUUAUUAAAGUCUCAUUCUGUAGUCUGUAUAAUGUAUACUUCAGGGUUAACCACAGAGGAUGAAACUAUAAAGACGACAUAAACCCAUAAAAUAUGACGAUCCAAGGUUAAAUUAAAUCUUCUGUCUUAAAUGCUAGGAAACAGACCAGCAUAAAUUCUGUACAGUCGUCUCUGAAGUCUCAUCCUAUGUGGGUAACCCUGUAUGUGUAAGAAUUUUAUCUAUAAUU